AUGAAUAUUUGUAAAACACAAAAAAAAAAGCUCGAGCACAAAAGUAAAAGUAAAACAAACAAGACAAUGAAGCUACAAAUGUUAUGGCUCGCUUUGAUAUUAAUAGCUGUCGAAACAAAUGCAAUGAAACAAGGACAAAAUGCGACAAUUCCAGCACUAAUUGUGUUUGGAGAUUCAAUAAUGGAUACCGGUAAUAAAAACUAUAUUCCUACUUUUCUAAAGUGCAAUUUCCCUCCCUAUGCCAAGGAUUUCCCUGGCAGUUUAGCUACAGGAAGAUUUUCUGAUGGAAGAGUUCCCUCUAAUUUAAUUGUGGAAAAGUUGGGAUUAGGUAAGACACUGCGAGCAUAUAUGAACCCGAAUUUGAAACCUGAAGAACUUCUUAAAGGUUUAACAUUUGCAUCUGGAGGAACUGGUUACGAUCCAUUAACAGCUAAGAUUAUGUCAGUGAUAUCUAUUAGCAAUGACCUUGCUCACACUUAUUUAGCUCAAUCACUUAGAUAUGAUCGCACCUCGUAUGCCAAUUUCUUGGCUGACUCAGCAGUAAAAUUCGUAAAAGAAUUACAUAAACUUGGAGCUCAAAAAAUUGGAGUGUUUAGUGCAGUACCUAUUGGAUGUGUACCACUUCAAAGAACAUUGUUCGGAGGUAUAUUAACACGAGGAUGUGUUAAAACUUUAAACAAUAUGGCAAAACAAUUCAACUCAAGGCUUUCUCCAGCACUAGAUUCUUUAGAUAAAGAAUUGGAUGAUUUUAAAGUAGCUGACAGAAGAUGUUGCGGUAACGGUUUACUCGCAGUAUCAUUUAUGUGUAACUCACUAAAUCCAUUCACAUGUUCUAAUUCUUCGGCCUAUAUAUUUUGGGACACCUACCAUCCGACUGAAAGAGCUUAUCAAGUUAUUGUUGACAACUUACUCGACAAAUAUUUAAGCAAAAUCAUAUAA